UAACAGUUUUUGCCUUCGCGAGUCGAACUAGCAGAGGUAGUCAAAGUGCAUAACAGUGCCCAAAGUGAAUACGGGCUGGAAAAUUUAUCACUCAGAGAAAGUGACGUGUGUGCAAAGUCGCAAAAGUUAUAGGGAAAUUCUUUUUUCACUCUCGAUGUCGGUGGUCCGCUCUUCGUACUAACCUAACUACUGACGCUGAUCGUCCGUUCAGGGACGAAAAACAAACAACGGUUACAAUGGCAACCCCGGAAAAAGAUAACUGUUCCGCAUCGACGUCGUCUUCUUCGCACUACGCUCUGCACGUCGCACUGCAAACUAUGAAGGAGCGCUGCCAAUGUCUGCAGAAGCGACUUGGCGUCCUUGAGGAGGAAAAUCUAGCACUGCGUAUGGCCCAGUCAAGUAUUCAGCCCAGUGGGCGCACCUCGCCAAGCUCCUCCCAGUUGGAGCGACGAGUUUCCAACCAAACCGAACUGGAGGUGAUGCGGGAAAAGGUCUCCGAGUUGGCUCGGCAGAAAGUUCAGCUGAUGGAUCACAUUUCGAUGGUGGCUGCCGAGAAUCGUCAGCUGUGGAGUCGCCUGUCAAAGCUCACCAAGGACAAUCAAACGCUGGGGGAAACCGUCGGUCGAGUCCGGGAAACAUCCGCGGGCAGUGGAAGCUCUCAGAAUCUGAUUCGAUCUAAAACGUUCACAAAAAAUGCACCUAAUCCGAGACUUCGCGAGAGACUGCCCCGUGAGGGAGGGGACGGAUCGUCCUCUUCGGAGGAGGUCAAUCUGGAUUUGGAGGAUGUUUCACUGCUGAACAAGUGCGGCUUCAUCGAUAGUGGUGCUGGGGUGGAAAUGGGUUUCCUGCAGCAAGAUGGAGAAGAGCUGUUGCUGUUCGAUGUGGAAAAUAAUCCGGAUGCCAAACGGUGCACUGAUGGACUGAUGGACAUUCAGAAGGAGCUGCUUAAGCAGCAGACUGUACUGAAGGUCGCUUUGGGAAAGUUGCAGAUUAAUAAAGAAGCAUGCCAAACUUGCAAGAAUCGCAAAAAGGAUGUCAAACCACAGAUGGUGGAUAAAGUGGUAGAAGUGGGAAGCGAUCUGCCUAAACAGACUUUCACGGAAGAUCUGCCCUUGCCGGACAUUCCAAAAACCGCUGAAAGUGGACCGGCUGCCGCUACGAAGGUACCUGUGCCGACGUCGGAAACUGAAGCGAGCACCCUGAAGUAUGUGAACCUUCUGCAGGACAAAAUCAAAGCGGAUGCGCGGGAUAAAAUGUGCCCCAUGUGCGGCAAGAUUUACGUGAAGAACGUUCCCUUCGACGAGUUCCAGGAGCAUGUCGAGUCACAUUUCAACGACGACGGCAGCGAUCUGGACCUGAGUCUGGAUCGAACCUACGAGUAUAUUUCGCAGACGGUCGGUAACUUUUGACGACCUGCGGCCGAGCGGCGGAGGAUUUACUUUUUCAGCGAAUUAUAGAGUUAGGGCGGACAGUUCAAGCGACUGGUAUUAUGCGAGCGAUUAUCCUCCUCCUCUUACUACUGAGUUCGGGUCUGGUUGUUUUUAACUGUGCAUCGGUUCGGAUUUGCGUCAUAUUAGAAAGAAGCAGCGUUCGGCUUAUCCUGUAACAAGAUUAUAUCUUGAUUAAGCUCUUUUAGUGGCGAAAGCCGGAACACACUCUCUCUAGAGUUUUCAAAAUGUAUUUUAUCACGUGCUGAGUUGAAGCAAAUAUUUACUUGGUAGCCUUACAAUAAAUUCUAUUUAGAUCGUUA